AGGACGUGGUCUCAGCCUGACUGUGGCUGUGUGAAGGAUCCUGUGACUCGACCGCAUGUGUCAGCAUCUUCUGUCUGGCUGCUCCGCCCUCCACAUUUUUCCUGGGGAACUUCCUGGGCCAUGAGUACUGGAAUGAACAUGAAGACCAUCUCUCAGGACCAUGGUGACUCUGGCAUCCCUCUGCCCCGCGCCAUGACCACUUUCUCUAGGCUGAACACUGGGCAAUGCCAGCCCUCGGCCUCCACCCAUGCUAGUCGCACCAGCUCCAAGGAGCUGCCGAAGGAGGCAAUGUCAGGCGUUCAGGGUCGGCGUCAGAAAGCUGUUCGGCCUGGGCCCUCACCCUGGCGUGUUGUUGGCUCCCACACUACCUACAGCAGCCCACGGGUCCCUGGGCAGAAUGCAUUCCACUCCAAGGACAUGCCGGACCUCCGAAGAGGCCCACUGCCCCAGGAGAGUGUCAAAGAGCUGGCAACAAAUGGAAACAAGAACUGGAAAUCAAGCCAAGUCCAUUUCAAAAGUCUGGAUAAUGCUGACAUUCAUCCGCCUUCUCGUUCACUGGCACAGGAUUUCCAGGUGGGAAGAGCGAAGGAGGGCCAAUCCCGUCUUCGAACAGCCAAUGGGAAUCUUCUCUGGGGAGUGUCCUGUGGUAAUCAACCUGCCAUCAACAAGCAAAGAAGCAAACUGACAAAUGGAGGCAUAAAUGCGAGAACUGUGAUGUCUCACCGGCCUAAAAUCCAGAACACCAGAGUAAACAACAUAAAUUCUGCAGGUGGUGGAUCACCGCAUAUGGCUGCAAUGGUACCAUUCAGAUUCAGGCUUCAAAUCCAGGAGGACACAGAUCCUUCCUUUUUGGAGGAUAUGAGCGACUGCUCUUCAGACUCUAUGGAAGUGUGCUGUGAAGAUUUGGAGUCCCACCAUAACUGAGACAGCUGGACUGCUUG